CAAGAUAAAACACGCACGUGUCUGUGAACGCAACAGGUAGCGGGAAUCGAUUCCACAAACGAAGAGUAUUUAAAGAGAAAGAUGUUACGUUAUGCUAAUUUGCAAAUCAUUAUGCUGAACGUCGCUGUCUAUUUCCUGCUUGUGUUGGCUGUUGACUGCACCGUGCCGAGCAAACGGUUUAUUGUAGAGGUCGAUCUUCCGGAACUUUUGCAGCGAUUGGAUGGUUUGACAAGUACAGUGAAUGAUUUAAAAUUGCAGAAUGCAGACCUUCUACGGAAAUAUGAUUACUUGCAAGUCAAAUGCAAUCAUCCGCCGGUGGCAUUUAAAGCACACCUAACUUCCCCUAUCAGUCCAGGUGCAAACCAGCGCAUCAUUUUUGAUGACGUACAACUGAACACCGGUAACGCCUAUCAUCGACACCUAGGCGGAUUCCUUGCACCUUUGAAUGGCACCUACCUGUUUUCGGUUUCUGUCUGCUCGGACAAUGGUCAUUAUAUAGUACUUGAUUUGAUGAAAAACGCCGGCCUUAUUGGGAGGGUACUAGCAGGGGAUUCUGUCUACAACGACUGCUCCUCGGAUACUUCAAUUGUGGAACUGAAUGCAGGGGACGAAGUGUAUGUUCAGCAUCAUGCGUCAAGUGGAGAUUAUGUUAAUGCUCAUCAAAAUAUACUUAACAGCUUUACCGGUGUACUUUUACAAAUACUGUAGCUUUUAUUGGAGGCACAACAACUUGAUUAAACUCUCAAACAGUC